CAUUUUUACUAUAAAUGUUUUUCAAUUUUUGAGUUUUUCAAGAAUUUGACCUUUCUCCUUCUUCCUUGGUCUUUCUUUCAUUCUCAUUUUCACAUAACUUGUGCUACCUCCUCCACUUCAUGCAUAUCACAAACCACUUCUAUUUUAACCUCUAGUCUACACUUUAGUUUUCUUUCUCACCGAUCUCUCUUUGUCUUUUUUUUUCUUUCACAAAAAUCAUAUGGCCUCUAUGAACUUGUUAGGUUUCUCUCUAUCUCCACAAGAACAACAUCCAUCAACACAAGAUCAAACGGUGGCUUCCCGUUUUGGGUUCAACCCUAAUGAAAUCUCAGGCUCUGAUGUUCAAGGAGAUCACUGCUAUGAUCUCUCUUCUCACACAACUCCUCAUCAUUCACUCAACCUUUCUCAUCCUUUUUCCAUUUAUGAAGCUUUCCACACAAAUAACAACAUUCACACCACUCAAGAUUGGAAGGAGAACUACAACAACCAAAACCUACUAUUGGGAACAUCAUGCAUGAACCAAAAUGUGAACAACAACAACCAACAAGCACAACCAAAGCUAGAAAACUUCCUCGGUGGACACUCUUUCACCGACCAUCAAGAAUACGGUGGUAGCAACUCAUACUCUUCAUUACACCUCCCACCUCAUCAGCCGGAAGCAUCCUGUGGCGGUGGUGAUGGUAGUACAAGUAACAAUAACUCAAUAGGUUUAUCUAUGAUAAAAACAUGGCUCAGAAACCAACCACCACCACCAGAAAACAACAACAAUAACAACAAUGAAAGUGGUGCACGUGUGCAGACACUAUCACUUUCUAUGAGUACUGGCUCACAGUCAAGUUCAUCUGUGCCUCUUCUCAAUGCAAAUGUGAUGAGUGGUGAGAUUUCCUCAUCGGAAAACAAACAACCACCCACAACUGCAGUUGUACUUGAUAGCAACCAAACAAGUGUCGUUGAAAGUGCUGUGCCUAGAAAAUCCGUUGAUACAUUUGGACAAAGAACUUCCAUUUACCGUGGUGUAACAAGGCAUAGAUGGACAGGGAGAUAUGAAGCUCACCUUUGGGAUAAUAGUUGUAGAAGAGAGGGGCAGACUCGCAAAGGAAGGCAAGUUUACUUGGGAGGUUAUGACAAAGAAGAAAAAGCAGCUAGAGCCUAUGAUUUGGCAGCACUAAAAUAUUGGGGAACAACUACUACAACAAAUUUUCCAAUUAGCCAUUAUGAAAAAGAAGUGGAAGAAAUGAAGCAUAUGACAAGGCAAGAGUACGUUGCGUCAUUGAGAAGGAAAAGUAGUGGUUUUUCACGAGGUGCAUCCAUUUACCGAGGAGUAACAAGACAUCAUCAACAUGGUAGAUGGCAAGCUAGGAUUGGAAGAGUUGCAGGCAACAAAGAUCUCUACCUAGGAACUUUCAGCACUCAAGAAGAGGCAGCAGAGGCAUAUGAUGUGGCAGCAAUAAAAUUCAGAGGACUGAGUGCAGUUACAAACUUUGACAUGAGCAGAUAUGAUGUCAAAACCAUACUUGAGAGCAGCACAUUACCAAUUGGUGGUGCUGCAAAGCGUUUAAAAGACAUGGAGCAAGUUGAAUUGAAUCAUGUGAAUGUUGAUAUUAGCCAUAGAACUGAACAAGAUCAUAGCAUCAUCAACAACACUUCCCAUUUAACAGAACAAGCCAUCUAUGCAGCAACAAAUGCAUCUAAUUGGCAUGCACUUUCAUUCCAACAUCAACAACCACAUCAUCAUUACAAUGCCAACAACAUGCAGUUACAGAAUUAUCCUUAUGGAACUCAAACUCAAAAGCUUUGGUGCAAACAAGAACAAGAUUCUGAUGAUCAUAGUACUUAUACUACUGCUACUGAUAUUCAUCAACUACAGUUAGGGAAUAAUAAUAACAAUACUCACAAUUUCUUUGGUUUACAAAAUAUCAUGAGUAUGGAUUCUGCUUCCAUGGAUAAUAGUUCUGGAUCUAAUUCUGUUGUUUAUGGUGGUGGAGAUCAUGGUGGUUAUGGAGGAAAUGGUGGAUAUAUGAUUCCAAUGGCUAUUGCAAAUGAUGGUAACCAAAAUCCAAGAAGCAACAACAAUUUUGGUGAGAGUGAGAUUAAAGGAUUUGGUUAUGAAAAUGUUUUUGGGACUACUACUGAUCCUUAUCAUGCACAGGCAGCAAGGAACUUGUACUAUCAGCCACAACAAUUAUCUGUUGAUCAAGGAUCAAAUUGGGUUCCAACUGCUAUUCCAACACUUGCUCCAAGGACUACCAAUGUCUCUCUAUGUCCUCCUUUCACUUUGUUGCAUGAAUAGAUGAUUUGAGAAUGAAGAAAGUGUCAUCAUCAAGGUGCAAAAUGAUGCAUUGGCAUGUAUCUUGAAGAAGGAAGAUAGUUUAUAGGUUUUAUUUCAUUUUAAUUUGGAAGGGUUAUUAGGGGGGGCUAAUUCUAACUUGCAGGAUAAUUUAUUUGUUGUAGCCUUAAUUAAGUUUAGUCAUGGUAGAAUAUCUUACUGUGAAUUUUGGGGAUUAACUGAUCUAGAGAAUGUAGGCUUUUAGUUCAUUGGCAAGUUUUAUUUAUUAUCAGUACUAGACUCUGUAAUUUUUGGAAUAAUUACAGGAUCAUAUAAAGGAUGAAGUUUUUGUCCAUGUGUAUAUUCUCUAGUAUUGUAGUAAUUUUUUCUACUGUCAAA